AUGACUUCUCAAAUUACCCUUCCGGCCGACGGAAUGUGGGUCAUUGGAUAUGGAUCCCUCAUUUUUAAACCUCCUCCAUUAUACCUGUUCCGCGUGACCGGAACCCUCAAGGGUUUCAUUCGCAGAUUUUGGCAGCUGUCUUCCGACCAUAGAGGUACCCCAGAAAACCCUGGAAGAGUAGCCACCCUUGUGUCUCUUGACGAUCUCAAAUCCCACAAAAGAUUUCAUAAUGAUUUGCAUUUGUACGAAUUGGGAAACACUCACCGAGAGACGUCGUUGGCCUCCGAUUCUGCCAUCAGUCUUGAAAUGAAAAAUGAUAUUGAUGAUGUCAGUGUCUCCAUUUCAAAUCUCUCGGAGGACGACUUGAAAGUAUGGGGAGUAGCAUACUACAUAGCUCCUGAGCACGUCAAUGAAAUGAAAGAGUAUCUUGAUGUGCGUGAGCAGGAUGGAUAUUCCACCCAUCGAAUCAUGUUUCACGUACAUUCUGUGCCAGAUCUUACGCCAGAAAUUGAAAGCGUGCUUAGUAAAAUGCCACGCAACAGUGACGGAGAUUUGGUCAUAGAGUCCAUGAUAUAUAUUGGAACCAUUGACAAUGACUCAUUCGUGGGUCCCGAAGAUAUCGAAAAGACUGCUGAUGUUAUUAGAACAGGAAGUGGACCUAGUGGAGCCAACUACGAGUACUUGCAUGAAAUCACAGCAGCUGUUCGUAACUUGGACCCUCUUGCAAGGUCUCGAGACUACUACUUGGAAGAUCUCACCCAACUUGCGCAGCCUCACAAAUUAGACUUAUAG